UUGCACUGUGUUAUGUUUUAGUAUUGCACUGCGUUUAUGUUUGUAUUAAGAAAUAUCACACAUAGACAAACUGUUGGUGGGCACUUUAGAACAUGUUGCCAGCAGGCGCGGACUGACAACUCAUGGGGCCCCCAGGCAAUAGGGGAUCAUGGGGCCCCUGUGUCCUUUCCCACACUCAAAGCACACCCAAAAAAGCCUAUAAAAAAGGUACCAGGGGCAUUUCAUGGGGCCCCCUACUGACCCCGGGCCCUCGGGCAGUGCCCGAGUGCUUGAAUG